UGCAUGUCUGCCACCUUAAAAUAUUCUUGAAGCUUCUGUUAUCUCUUGUCCAUCCUCUCACGAAUUUGCCUUUUUCCUUUUUCAAUCAUUUCUUCUUCUUUUGUGGUUUCUCGAGUGAUAGCCUCUAGGAUUUUUGUCAAGCUUUUUGUUGUGGCAAUUUCCAGAUCAUCUUCAUUUGUACUUGUCGUCAAGCCUUCCCUUGCCUCUGCUAGUAAUUAUUUGUUCAGAGAAUAUUUGAGAGAAAACGGAACUUGGACACCUCAAUUUUUCUACUAUUGAACCAACUUUCAUUUACGUCUUGUUAUUAUUGGCUUCCAUCUACUCCAUAGCAGCAGGUUGUUGUGGUUUCCAGUCAAAAGAAGCAUUUGAUUGCGUUGGAUGUGAUGCUGGAGCUACAAAUCCUUCCAUCUUCAGAGUGAGUGAAUGGGUUUGCGGUGGAUUUGAAUCAAAGCUGAGAGAAUGAUAAGCGAAGUGUUCUUUCUGUUCAAUGCUUGCGAUUUUCUGGAAAGAACAUUGCUUUCUGUUUUUAGAAGGCUUGGCUAUAUUGGUUGGAGUUCCAUUUUCUAGCAACAAUCAAUAAACAUUCUGUGAUGUGCCAGUUGGGAAGUUGGACAAUAGAGCAUUAGAUGGAUAGCAAAUGGUUGUGGAAGAAGAAAUCUUCUGAGAAGAGCUCUGGAGAAAGUGACAGUUCAGGCUCAGUAUCUUCACAUUCUGAGAGGUACUCUGAUGAACAGUUUGUGCAGGUUAUAGGGUCAAUAGCAAGGCGGACUGCAUCAACACAAGAAGAACAACAUAACAUUCCAAUCAAGGGGGACAUUACUUAUUUGUUGCAGGAUCAGAUUAGCCCCUUGCCAGACGAAAUUUUAAUUGGAAUUCUUUCUCGCUUGAAUACCAGGGAAGCGUCAAGAACCAGUGCCAUCUCUAAGAGAUGGAGAAAUUUGUGGACACAUGUUACAUGUCUUAACUUUGAUGAAGAUGUAGUUCAAAACAAGAGAUUUGACCAGUUUGAAAUAUCAGCUAGGGCAAAAUGGGUGACUCAAGUCUUGCAGUUGCAUCAGGGUUCAACCCUAGACAUGUUCCGAAUGAAUCGUCAUUAUUCUACUUCUGUUCCAGCCACUAAAUGUAUCGAAUUUGCGGCCCGAAAGAGAGUUCAAAGGCUUGAGAUAGAGGGGGGUCAUAAUUCCUUGCUAAAGAAGCUACUUGAGAGCCCUUUCAAGUCCCUUAGGCACCUCUCUUUGAAGAACAUAGCAGUAAAUGAUGAACUUGUUGGGCACUUUCUUUCCCAUUGUGAAGUGCUCGAACACCUUUGUGUUUGUUGCAUUGAAAAUCUAUAUGCUGUGAAAGCAGUGGGUUCCUCCCUCCGGUUGAAGUUCCUGCAAGUAAGCAAUUGUCGCCAAUUAGUGAGAGUUGACAUUUUUGCCCCUAAUCUCGUGGAGUUUGUCUACGACAGCCGAAGUGUGUACACAAGAGGAAUUGUGUUGAAACAUGCACCCUCACUUGUCAAGGUAUCUCUUGCAGAAAAUGAUGAAAGUAUAACCAGAGCUUUUCUUUCAGUGUCGAGUUGUUUCUCUUGUCUUCACACUCUCAGCCUGCGCAUGAAUUUCGAUCUGCAAAUUAAUAUGCCCCAAGAAUUUCCAGAAUUAACUUGUCUCAAAGACUUAUCAUUGGAGGUAUGUAAUGCAAAUUGUGGGCAAAGUCUGCUGAGUUUAACCCCCUUGUUAGAGCGGUCUCCUUCCCUACAUAGACUGACGUUGCAGGUAUGUAUAUCUAUUCAUUCAUUUAUAUGCAUCGCAGAGAUGAGAUGGAAAUGGAAUUAUUAUAAGAAGCAGAGUUGGAGAGAUAUGCAGAAGAUUAAUAGAUGUCCUCAUCAUUGCCUGAAGGAGGUGAAAUUUUGUGGGUUCCUUGGCUUUGGGUCUAUUAUCGAUACUGAUUUUGCCAUGUACUUGAUUGAGUGUGCCAUGGUGCUUGAAAAGCUUAUUGUUGAGCUUGAAACUCGACGAGAAAUAUUGCCGGAGUUUAAAGCAACCGAUAAUAUGUUAGAAGCAACAAGAGAGCAUGUUUUGCAGCUUGGAACGCAAUUACCACCAAGAGCUGAGUUAAUUAUCAUUUAAUUUUGUGGGUUUCUUUUUAAAAUACUACUGUGACAGAUUUACUUUUUCGUAGAUGCAAUUGUGUUCUAUGGGUUACCUCGAAUAUUUUCUUUAUAUGAUGUUGUAGUUGUACAAAAGAAGAAAUAGAUCCUUAAAAGAGUGGGAAUUGGAUUUGCAAUUGGCAGAUUUUAGUCAGUUUGCAGGCUAUAAAUAACAGAGUAUAGGCUAUGGCUGCCUUUGUAAUUCAUUCUAGAUUGCAAAGUUGUGAAUGAAAAACGGGACUUUAAUUA